AACACAUAGUACAUCCUGCCUGUGGAAUACACAAGACACUUCUUGUAGACAGCUCUUUCCAUAGAACCUCUUUUGGAUAAACACUGUGCUCCCAUUAGUCAGGAGCUCUUAUCCUAUCGGUGGGAGAAUCAAUAUGAAUAAUGAGGACAAUUGACCCUAAGGGUGAUAAUGAUCCAGGAAGGAGGACGGUAACAGAUAAAGUUUUCUUUAGAACAUGAUACUGCUUUCCACCGAACCACCAAGGAUAGACCAGCACAGAAACCACAUGGCUGCGAUAUUGGACAUCACCCUAGAGAUCAUCUACCUGAUAACAGGAGAGGAUUACACAGUAGUGAAGAAGUCGUCUGGUGAGUGUGUGAUACCCCAUGUGUCAGGAGAAUGGAGCAGGACCCCGGGAGCCAUCACCGAGCCUCCACCUCAUUCCCUGAUACAUGAGCAGAAGAUCCUAGAACUUACCAACAGGAUCACUGAGCUGCUGACCGGACAGGUUCCUAUAAGGUGUCAGGAUGUCACUGUCUAUUUCUCCAUGGAGGAGUGGGAGUAUUUAAAAGGACACAAGGAUUUGUACAAGGACGUCAUGAUGAAGGAUCACCAGCACCUUACAUCGCCAGAUGUAUCCAAUAGGAGAAAUCCACCAGUCAGACGUCCUAGUCCUAAGGAAAAGCAAAAUGUCCUACUCAAUCAUCAGGAAAGUCAUGGUGGAACAACGAGUGAAACCACAAAUCCCACAUCCGAGUCAAUGAAUGAUAAUGACAGGAUGAGAGGCACCGAUCCACAUCUCCUUUUAUCUCCCUCUUAUGAAGUAGAUGAUAAUCCAUCUCCAACUGGCAAAACUAGUACUAAAUGUAGACUUGGUACAAUGUUUAUAUGUUCUGAACGUGGGAAACACGUUAAAACUAAAUAUAAUCUUUCCAGGCAUGAAAAAAUUUGCAAAGAUAAAAGGCCACAUACUUGUUCAGAAUGUCGGAAAUGUUUUACUCGGAAUUCAAGUCUUGUUGCACAUCAGCGAAUUCACACAGGGGAGAAGCCAUUUUCUUGUCUUGAAUGUGGAAAAUGUUUCAUACAGAAAUCAAACCUUGUGAAACAUCAGAUAAUUCACACAGGGGAGAAGCCAUAUUCAUGUUCAGAAUGUGGGAAGUGUUUUGGUAAAAAACCAAGUCUUGUUCUUCACCUGAGAACUCACACAGGGGAGAAGCCAUAUUCAUGUUCAGAAUGUGAGAAGAGAUUUAGUAAAAAAGCAAGUCUUGUUCUUCACCUGAAAAAUCACACAGAAAAGCCACAUUCAUGUUCUGAAUGUGGGAAAUGUUUUAACCAGAAAUCAGAUCUUGAGAAACAUCAAAAAAUUCACAUAGGAGAGAAGCCAAAUUCCUGUUCAGAAUGUGGGAAAUGUUUUAACCAGAAAUCAGAUCUUGAGAAACAUGUAAGAAUUCACACAGGAGAAAAACCAUAUUCAUGUACAGUAUGUGGGAAAUCUUUUUGUCAGAGCACAAAUCUUGUGAAACAUCUAAGAACUCACACAGGGGAGAAGCCUUUUUCUUGUCCUGAAUGUAGAAAAUGUCAUACCAACAAAUCGGAUCUUGUGAAACAUCUAAGAAUUCACACAGGAGAGAAACCAUACCUAUGUUCAGAAUGUGGGAAAUGUUUUAACCAGAAAUCUGAUCUUGAGAAACAUCGAAGAAUUCACACAGGAGAGAAGCCAUAUUCAUGUACAGAAUGUGGGAAAUGUUUUUGUCAGAGAACUAAUCUUGUGAAACAUCUAAGAAUUCACACAGGGGAGAAGCCAUUUUCUUGUCCUGAAUGUAGAAAAUGUUGUACAAACAAAUCAGAUCUUGUGAAACAUCUGAGAAUUCACACAGGAGAGAAGCCCUUCUCUUGUCCUAAAUGUAAAAAAUGUUAUACCAACAAGUCACAUCUUGUGAAACAUCUAAGAAUUCACUCAGAUGACAAAACGUGAUGUUUAGAUAGUAGGAAAAGUGGACCUUCAACCUCAAGAUUUCUUCUGAUGUAUAACCUAAGGGUGGCUGUACAGUGCAGAUUUCGCCCAAUUUUUGUGCCCGGAUUUUGUGCAGAAAGACCGCAGCAUCAUACAAUACCAGCAAAGUUUCAGACCUGCUAUGUGAAUUUUGAAAUCAGCAGCAUGUUACUUGUGUUGUUUUUUUUUUGGUGCGGAUUUCACACUUUUCAAAAAACUCAUCAAAUAUUCAGAUAGAUUACCGUGCAUUUUUUUGUGCAGUUUUGUUGCAGAUUUCAUGCACAUAAAUGAUGUGCAUCCACUCUUGGGGAUGUUUCACAUUAGCCAGUCCAUUGUUUAUAAUGCUGUGUGCUUGACCUUACG